AAAAAUUAAAUUAAACAAACUUUAUAUGAAAAACAAAUAAAUUUAUUAGAAGAAGAUUAACAUACAUCAUAUGAAGAUCAAGAGUAAAGUCCAAUAGAAAAAUUAAUGAAAAAGGAUUUAUCAAACUUUGGUUAUACAAGUUUUUUUCAUACAUCAUACAGUAGUGAAAACGGUGUAAUAUUAAUAGCAAAAGAAAAAAAAACAGGAAUUAGAUAUGCGAUAAAAGGAAUAAAAAUAACUGAAAAUAAAACUGUAAAUUAAUAAUUAUUAGAAUAAAUAAAACAAGAAGAAAAAAAUUUAAUAGAAUGUGAUAGUCCUUAUAUAAUUAAAUGCUAUGGAUCAUUUUAAGGAAAAGAUUUCUAUUUUUUAAAAUUAGAAGAAUGUAUAGGAUCUUUGAAUUAAUUAUAUGGUUCUUUUAAUGAAAAUUCUUUUAUUAAAUAUGCUUCUGAAAUUACAAAUGGAUUAACAUAUAUACAUGCCAAAAAAAUACCUGUUUCUGAAAUUAAAUAUAAUUAAAUAUUAAUAAACUAAUUGGGAGUUGCAGUUCUAAGUGAUAUGUAUUACGAUUUAGGACAUUCUUAAAUAAACAUAUAAAAUGAAGAGAAGAAUAGUUUGGAAUAAACAAUAAUUUAAAGUGAAUUCAAAAAGCACUAAUCAUAUAAAAAAUUAAAGAAAGAUAAUUGUUUUGCUUUGGGGAAAAUUCUUUACUAAAUGUUGUGUGGAUAAACGAGGACAUAAGAAUUAAUAACAAACGUGCCUUUUUAUUUAGAUAAAAUUGAAUAAAUUUAAGAAUUUAAAAUAAAGAGUAAAUAAAUUAUGUUGUUUUAGGUUUGCUUCAAUAUUAUGAAAAAAAAAGGAUUUCUACUUUUUAAGCAUCUGUAAUUUUAAAUAAUUUAUAUUUUAAUGAAAUUAGUAGGUUUUCAUGUUUUAUUAAUAGUGAAUAAUAAUAAAUACUACAGAGUUCGAAAAAUAUUAAUACAGAAUUUAUUCAAAUUAGCAAUAAAGAAUUCAUUCCAAUCGUUAAUAUAAAAUAAGAUAUAA